UUUUCUUUUUCUCCUACCAUAAAAUUUCCACAUUUAACAAGGAAAAAAAAAAACCAAAACUCCCUUAUUUCUCUCUCUCUCUCUCUCUCUCUCUCUCUCUCUCUCUCUAUGAAGCAGAGGUGAUGAUAAAUUGAGCCCCUUCCAUUGCCAAUUCUUACGAGGUUUUGGUGGGAUUCGAUGCUACACGCUCGGUGAGAGCUCAUAAUCUUUCUUAGUUUUUAUGUGGGUUUGAGGCCAGUUUUUGGGAAAUCAAUGGCUUCUCCUGCUUCCCUUGCAACUCUGGGAAGUGUGAGGCCGAACCCUUCUCCUAUCUUUGAGGUUGGUCCAUCACAUUUCCAUUUUGGUAGAUUCCGAGUCAUUCCUAGGGUUAGUUUUAGUAGCUUCGAUCGAACACGCCGCCGAUUGCCGAACUCGCCGGGCCGGCUUUGUAAUUGUAUGGUCACCACUGCUUUUAUUGAAGCAAAGGGGAUUCAGUUAUCUCCAGAAUCUACAGUUAAGGGAAGUACUGUAACUGGUGGUAGCAACGACGAUGCUGAUCUCGUCCUGAAACCGUCUCCGAAGCCGGUUCUCAAAGUCCGGCCGAAUGGUCCGGUCGACCCGACUAAUCCGGCGGCGUGGGCUUCAAACAAUGUUGCGGGCGAGAAAAGGCCGACUUUGGAAGACCGUGAUAAGCUUAUAGAAUCAUUGGGGGAGGUUCUCGAGAAAGCGGAGAAGCUCGAGACUUCGACUCCGUUGAAACCGCCCGGAAGAGACUUAAAGGAUAGUGCAAAGUCGAAUGGUAGCUCCAAACCAAGUAGACCGGUGAAUUUGAAUUCGAAUUCAAAUUCAAAUUCUCUGAGUACGAAAUCCAAGACGCUUAAGAGCGUGUGGCGAAAGGGAAACCCGGUCGCGAAUGUACAGAAAGUAGUUAAAGAACUCCCGAAAAAAGAAUCUGUGAAUGAGAAUGAUGAGAAAAAGGCUCCAUUACCAGUUGCUUCUGCAAGACAGCAAAUUAGUCCUCUGCCCAAAGCCGCACCUAGAUUGCAAUCUAAGCCUGCUGUUGCUCCGCCAACUCCUCCGACUUCCGCAGUGGGGAAAAAACCGGAUGUAGUCAAGGACCGAAAGCCGAUUCUUAUAGAUAAAUUUGCUCCAAAGAAGCCAAUUGUUGAUCCGCUUGCCGCUGAAGCCAUUUUAGGUCCCACAAAGCCAGUGAAGGGACCUCCGCCAUCCAAAGUUAAAGAUGAGCGCAAAAAGAGAUCGAGCACUAGUGGUGGUCUGCGCAGGCGCCUAAUGGAUGAUGAUGAGAUACCUGUAGAGGAUGCUGCAGAUCUUGAUGCACCGAUUCCUGGUGUGACGGGGGCGAGGAAAGGGAGGAAAUGGAGUAAGGCGAGCCGUAAGGCGGCCAGAUUGCAGGCGGCUAAAGCUGCCGAGCCAGUCAAAGUGGAGAUUCUUGAAGUGGGGGAAGAGGGGAUGCUGACCGAGGAGUUGGCGUAUCAUUUGGCUGUCAGCGAGGCUGAAAUUCUUGGGUAUUUGUUCUCGAAAGGAGUUAAGCCCGACACAGUACAUACCUUGGAUAAAGAAUUGGUUAAGAUGAUAUGCAAGGAGUAUGAUGUGGAAGUGAUAGAAUUGGACCCAGUUAGAGUGGAAGAAAUGGCGAAGAAGAAAGAUGUUCUCGAUGAGGAGGAUAUGGACAUGUUGGAGGAUAGGCCGCCUGUUAUCACAAUUAUGGGUCAUGUGGAUCAUGGAAAGACAACACUAUUAGACCACAUUCGAAAGAGCAAGGUGGUGUCGUCCGAAGCAGGUGGAAUAACCCAAGGUAUUGGAGCCUAUAAGGUUCUCGUACCGGUCGAUGGCAAGCCUCAGCCUUGUGUUUUUCUCGAUACACCAGGGCAUGAGGCAUUUGGUGCAAUGAGGGCACGUGGGGCGAGAGUAACAGAUAUUUGCAUAAUAGUAGUGGCUGCCGAUGAUGGUGUUCGGCCCCAAACAAAUGAGGCGGUGGCUCAUGCUAAGGCAGCAGGCGUGCCAAUUGUAGUAGCCAUAAAUAAGAUAGAUAAGGAAGGAGCCAGUCCGGAACGGGUAAUGCAAGAACUUUCCACAAUUGGCCUUAUGCCGGAAAUAUGGGGUGGUGACACCCCAAUGGUUCAGAUCAGUGCUCUUAAAGGGGAGAACAUUGAUGAGCUGUUGGAAACCGUCAUGCUCGUAGCAGAGUUACAAGAAUUGAAGGCCAAUCCUCAUAGAAAUGCAAAGGGUACUGUAAUAGAGGCUGGUCUCGACAAAUCCAAGGGACCAGUUGCUACUCUUAUUGUGCAAAAUGGAACCCUAAGAAGGGGAGAUGUUGUUGUGUGUGGUGAAGCUUUUGGGAAGGUUCGUGCUAUGUUUGACGAUAGAGGAAGCCGAGUUGACGAAGCUGGACCAUCCAUGGCUGUGCAGGUAAUUGGCCUGAGUGAUGUUCCCAUUGCUGGCGACGAAUUCGAGGUUGUUAGCUCCCUCGAUGUCGCGCGUGAAAGGGCUGAAGCACGUGCCAAUUCAUUGCGGAUCGAACGGAUAUCGGCAAAAGCCGGGGAAGGAAAGGUCACUCUUUCUUCCAUUGCUGCUACAGUUUCAGCAGGAAAGCAGUCCGGACUAGAUAGACAUCAGCUGAAUAUCAUCCUCAAAGUUGACGUCCAGGGUUCAAUUGAAGCUAUCAGGCAUGCGGUUCAAGUGCUUCCACAAAAUAAUGUUUCUCUAAAAUUCCUACUUCAAGCUCCGGGAGACGUGAGCACUAGUGAUGUCGAUCUAGCUGUUGCGUCUGAAGCAAUUAUAGUCGGUUUCAAUGUUAAAGUGCCGGGCUCGGUUAAGAGCUAUGCAGAAAAGAAGAAUGUCGAGAUACGGGUUUACAGAGUCAUCUAUGAUCUAUUAGAUAGCUUGCGCAAUGCCAUGGAAGGUCUCCUAGAGCUAGUUGAGGAACAAGUUCCUAUAGGAACAGCUGAAGUUCGAGCCACAUUUAGUAGUGGUAGCGGACGAGUGGCUGGUUGCAUGGUCAGAGAGGGAAAAGUAGUGGAAGAUUGUGGUGUUCGGGUUGUUCGAAACGGAAAGAUAGUUCACACGGGCAAAAUCAAUUCUCUGCGACGCGUCAAGGAGGAGGUGAAGGAGGUUGGUGCCGGAUUGGAAUGCGGUAUUGGCGUUGAAGAUUUCAAUGAAUGGGAGGUCGGAGAUAUUAUCGAGGCCUUCAACACCGUGAAGAAGCAGAGAACCCUGGAGGAAGCCUCGGCUUCUGUGACAGCAGCAUUAGCCGAUGCGGGUAUCAAGCUGUGAAAUGUGGCGAGAAAGUCUAUACGAAGGAAGAAAAACUGGCCGGUAAAGAAAGCCAUUCCGGUGAUGGAGUUGAAAUGAAACUGAGGUGAAGUUUUAAGAUUUAAGAUCGAGCCCCGCUCCUUUUUGCUCAGAGAUGAUGUUUACUCAGAUGGCUAAAGCUCUCUCGCCGCAUCAUCAUUCUCGACUUUUGGAUAGUUUUUUUUUUUUCUUUUUUUUUUUUGGUGUUUCUCCUUUUUGCCUUAGCUACUACAGUCAAUGUUAUAUGCUACUGUACAUAAUUAAUCUUAGCCAUCAAUUUAUUUUUCUUCUAUUUUUGUAGACAAGGUAACUCCUCCCACAAACUUGUCGGAUAAUACUUGUAACAGAUGGAAUGAUUGUUUAUUGUUGCAAUAGAAAUCACCUUCUUGCUGCA